AUGGGCCUACAGCAUGAUUUGCGCAAGAUACCUAUGAUAAACCAGCAAAUAAUACCUCCAAAGCCGAUGAACAAUCCUGGGCGUGGACCACCACCAGCGAUCUCGCCUGUAAAUUCUCAAACACAACACGCAAUACUUCAAGACCGGAUGCAGGGACCAUCUCAAGCACGUGUAUAUUCACCUCCGCCAGCGAUCUCACUUGGGCCUUCUCAAACACAACAUACAUUACCUGAAGACCGGAUGCAGCCAACUCCAUCACCGAGUACUUACGGUACUAACGAGUCUGUCCUAACCUGUUACUCUAACUACUUUGAAGAUGAUUAUGAAUAG